AUGAACUUCUUCAAACGACCGCUCACGGAAGCCGAGCAAGCGCAGCGUCGCGCCCGUAAAGAGCUCGAGCGUCUGGCCAAGACGCAGCGCAAGUUUGACGCCAUGGCGGAAAAAGCGCAAAAGGCGCAGCGCAAACAGCAGCAGCAGUCGAUCGCCCGGUCGGAGAAGGAGGCGCAGCGGCAGGCGAAACAAGAGCAGCAAGCUGCGUCCAAAGCCAUGAAAGAAGCCAAGAAAGCUUCAAAGCAGCGCGGGCGACUGGCGCGCCACGCAGCGAAACUGCGUGGCCAUCGCCGCGACCGUCCCGUCUCUUGUUCCGCGACCGCAUCGGCUAGUGACGUAGCCGGGACUGAAAUGUCCCGUCCGUUGGCAAAAAGGGCACACUGUGCCGUCUGUGGCAAGAAAUUUGGCCCGGCGUUGCACCGUCGACGUCACCACUGUCGCCAGUGUCGCGAAAGCUGCUGUUUGCAGUGCACAAGUCAGACGCGACACGUGAUCCCGCAGACGGGCCGCACGACCCGGCAGAAAGUCUGUGUCGUGUGUGACACGCUAAUUUUCACUGCACGUACGAGUACUACUGCGACUACUACGAAUACUAUGACGACGGCUGCUAUUGCAGCGGCUCCAGUGGUACGGGAACCGGCCGAAGCGAUUGUCGCGCUUGCUGCCGCGCAUCGCCGCGCGUCAAUUGGAAGACGCCCGCGCUCGGCCCCGCUGCCCCGGACGUCUGGCGUAGCGGUUGCCGUGCCGUGUCCCCGCGGCCCACGGGCUCGUUCGAGCCAGAGCAGUUCCCGCUGGAAGCUGUCGAUGCGCGCGGGAUUGCGGAAAAAGAAGCGACGCGCCGAGCAAUUGCGCAAUGGCGACAUGGAUCAUAGCUUGCAGGUGGAGAAGCACGCCCUUUUUAUGGGCCCUGCAAUCUCAGUGCAGCCGCAGACGAGGAUGGCACCGCCGGCGCCGAUGCGGGAACAAGGACGGGACGCAAUUGCUGGCGGGAGGAAGUGGAUGUGCAUGAAGAAGAAGGAGUUGGAGCUGGAGAGGCAGCGACGGAAGGAAAGAGGCAGGUGGAUCGUCGAACAGAACGGUAGUGUGGUGUUUGACAAGCCAGCCCCGACGUCGGUGCGAUCGAAGUAUGGUCGUUACCGAGCCAUUGUGCCAGUAGGAAUCGCCUACUUUGGACGCUCCCUGUAUUUCAAGUAA